UUCGCGCACGCCGUCUGCGAGACGUGUCGAGUGAUACCAAACCGCCAUGCUUCUCUCCCCAAAUUCUCUUCCCUCCCCCUCAAAAAUUCCGGCAGUCCGCCGCGCGCGCGCUCGGCCGGCCGCCAAUCCCGCCAUGGAGAGCCCCGCGUCGCCGGCGUCGCGGCUGGACUUCUACGACUUCAUUGCCCGCAUGCGCCGCCCCGCCGCCGCCGGCCUCUUCCACUCCAUCAGGAACUUCCUCGCGUCCCUCUCGCAGGGCGAGCCCAACGCCGAGGAGGGCGGCGCCAGGGUCCAGGCCUUCUUCGCGGAGAUGGAGGCCGCCAUUAGGGACCACCCGCUUUGGGCGAAUGCCUCCAAUCAGGAAAUCGACAACGCGCUCGAGGGGCUUGAGAAGUUUAUCAUGACCAAGUUGUUCGAUCGAACCUUUGCUUCGUCUGCGGAGGAUGUGAAGGCCGACAUGGAGAUCACAGAGAAGAUUGGCCUCUUGCAGCGCUUUGUUAGGCCUCAUCACUUGGACAUACCCAAGGUUCUGCAUAAUGAGACAGCUUGGCUGCUUGCAGUUAAAGAGUUGCAAAAGAUUAAUUCCUUCAAAUCACCACGAGAGAAGCUUAUUUGUGUUUUGAGCUGUUGUCAAAUCAUCAAUAACUUGCUUCUAAAUGUGUCGAUGUCAAAUGAUCGAACAUUGUCCGGGGCUGAUGAUUUUCUUCCUAUUCUUAUUUAUAUUACAAUCAAGGCCAAUCCUCCUCAGCUGCACUCAAAUCUAAAGUUUAUUCAGCUCUUCAGAAGAGAAACAAAGCUUAUCUCUGAAGUUGAAUACUAUCUCACAAACCUCAUUUCAGCAAAGAUGUUUAUAAUAAAUGUCGAUGGACGCUCACUAUCCAUGGAAGAAAGUGUGUUCCAGGCACAUAUGGAGUCUGCAAGACUUGGUAAUCACAUAUCUGUUGCUAGCAGUACUAGCUCACAAGGAUUGGGUACAUCUACAGCAGGACUGAACGAGGAAUCUGGUGUUACAGAAGGAUUAAGAUUCCCAUUCAUGGACUCUGAAACUGAAAGCUUGACUCCAGGGGAAGUCAAGCAAUUGCAUGAGCACUACAGGAAAGUAGUCACCAGAUAUAAACUGCUGUCUAAAGCUUUAAGAAAGUUAUCGGUAGAUGAGGACCAGCUCCUUAAUUCAGUAGAUGAUUGAUGAAGCAAUGCGAAGAUGCUGACAAGAGAUGGCAUUGGUUAAUUUUAAACACCCUACAUAUCCCUACCCAUGCAUGUAAUGACCGAAUGCACACACAUGCUGACAUGCAUAGUUUUUCAUUGAUAGUAGGAAAACAAGCACGUUCUGACCCACUCAUGCUUGUCCAUGAUACUGCACUCCAGGCACCUGUAACUAGGUUCCGGGGCUGCCAGGAUGCACUACAGGUAUGGCCACAUAACCUUCAGGGCUGAGAAAUGGAUAUCUGUGCCUUUGCAUUGCAAGCUGUUGAUGAGCAGCCACUUGUGCAGUUUAGUUCCUGUCUAGUCUGUCCACUCCUUGGAGCGUAGGAAUAGGUGUGCGUUGGGAAUUACAUUUGGCAUAUGUUGCUGAUCAUGUUCAACCGCUGUCACACAUCAAAUCUUCUGUGCUGAAAGGUGCUUGCUUGCCUGUGUGCCGGUGCGCGGCCGGCCGUGGUGGCAUAAUGAGGCUUAUGCAUGAUUCGCUUAUGAAGCUCCCUGCACAAGUGU